AUGGCAACCCAGGGGAGACUCGAGCAAUUGUGUAUUGGACGAGGUAGAGGCGGUGAUGGAGAGCUUGAUGUUGGAUGCUGUUGCCGUGGAGGUGGAUAUAUUCUUCCAGUUUUCGGAUCAGGAAUUGUUGAAACUACAUUUGUCAGCUUUAAUAAUACAGAGGGGAAGAGGUUUGAUGGGGCGUGUUGUGACAGAUCCGGCUGGGGCUGGUUUCCUGAACCAGACUGCCAGAAAGGCGACGCCUGCGACCAUAGAUUCGUUAUUUGUAUGGGAAAUAUUACAGAAUCAAGUGACAUGACUGCUUGCGAGUUUGGAAGACAGGAAACGGGAGCUGUAGGCGGAAACAGUAUAACAUUUAAUGGAGUCCUUGGUAACACAGAGAAUCCCCUCAAAUUUAAGUUUAAACACUGGCCAGGAGUACUCAAGAUGAAAAUCGAUGUUUUGGAUGACGACGACGACCAAAAAUACGAUUUUGUCGAUCACUAUGAGUAUCAAUAUGGAACAAAGGACCUCCGGCGAGAUAUAGACGCCCCAGUUAAAGAUUUGACUUUGUCUGGAUCUAGAACUAGAUUUAAUCUAAAACUGAAGGUGUUUUGUGAUAAAAACUUUUACGGCGAGGAAUGUUUGACGUUUUGUAAACGAACGGACGAUAACACCGGACAUUAUACAUGCGAUCCCCAAAAUGGAGAGAAGAUAUGUAUACCAGGUGAAGGAGGAGGCUGGACCGGAGAUACGUGCCUGACGAAUAUCGACGACUGUCAAGGUCACAGGUGUCAUGGUGGCGCCACCUGUGUGGAUGGAGUUAACUACUACACCUGCAAGUGUCCCCCAGGCAGGACAGGCGUCGUGUGUGAGGCGGAGAUUAACGAAUGUGCCAGCAGUCCGUGUCAGAACCAGGGCACGUGCAGGGAUGCGUCUGCCGGGUUCGUCUGCGAGUGUCCACCAGGUUUCAUCGGUCAGCUGUGUGAGAUCGAGUACACUCAGUGCCCGAGAAAGAGAUGUGACGUAAAUAUCGACGAAUGCGCAAGUACGCCGUGCUUGAAUGGAGGAUUUUGCGAGGACCUGGUGAAUGAUUUCCGCUGUAAUUGCCAAGCUGGUGUGACGGGCCCUCGUUGUGAGACGAAUGUCGACGAGUGUGCUAGCCAGCCGUGUUUGAAUGGCGGCACCUGUCAGGAUGGAUAUGCGGCCUUCACUUGUACCUGUGCUCCUGGAUAUUCAGGCAAGACAUGUUCGGAUGAAGUUAAAGAAUGUGAUAGCCACCCAUGCAUCAAUGGAGGCACCUGUCGAGACGUGUUUUCUGGAUUUCUGUGCAUGUGUAACCCGGGAUACGAGGGUCGAGUUUGUGAAACAGAUGUAGACGACUGUGCCAGCAGACCAUGUCUAAAUAGUGGAACAUGCGUCGACAAACUCAAUGGUUUUGGGUGUGUGUGUCCUCCUGGAAGUCAAGGGAAGACGUGUGAACAGUCUGUAGCAGUUACGGCGUCAUCAGGUAAGAGCACUCUUCCUGUUUACAAUGCUAGUCUAUAUUCAGAGGAUGAAAGGGUAAUUAUGUCAUCAGGUGAUACGCAACCAGUUACACAAGAAACAUCGCACCAGGAACAGCACGCCAAAGCAACAUACGAGGUGCGAUAUCAAGAUAGCACAAUGUCGUCACGUGAAACCACACUUGCAACACCAUACAAGAGCACUAUUCCUGUUUACAGUAGCACUUUCUUCUCGGUUGAUGACCGGCUAAUUACGUCAUCAAGUGAAACGCAUCCAGAUACACAAUGGACUGUGGAUGAGGAACUGGAUGUCAAGGCAACAGAGGAAGUGCCACAUCAGUAUAGAACAAUGUCACAACAUGAAUCAAUACUAACAACGCCACAAAACACACAUCUUGGAGAUGCUGAUCAUCGUGACGAAACGACCACACAACUGUUGCUGGGUAUUUCAAAUGACAUCCACUCAGCAGAAGAUGGUGUAGAUACACCUAAAAAACAUUACACAGCUGAUGACAAUCAACCAUCAUUCUCUACCGAAACAUUCCUAAACAUUGACAAACUUUCAACAUUCCAUUAUUUUACAACACAUAUGACUACAUUCCAAAAACCUGAUCCUGAUGAGUUUGUCAUACUAAGUGACCAAAGCACAGGACGAAGACGAUAUCCUUCUGACCAAAGCACCAGUGAGACCCUUGGUACUACAGAACAGGUGUUGUCCACAAUAGAACCACAUUCCAGUCGAGAUUCAACAUCGCAUGAAUCCAAAACGAACAUAGGCAACACUGCUAUUACUCUUCCAGAUUUAACACCCGAGCAUAAUAAUCGGCCUCAAGCCUCUGCUACACGCAACGUAAUGACUCUUACAACAGACACAACACCGCUGCCUGAACAAGGUACUACAGAUGACAUUAUUUUUAGCCACACUGCACAAUACAUGAUGCAAAAUGAUCAGUAUGUAAAAGAACAUGGAGAAUAUCAAAAACAUAAGUCUUCCAUUGUGGAAGAAUCAACUGUACAUAAUGCUGAUCAAAUUACAAGUAUAUUUUCUACAAGUGUACCAACAGCUUACCAAACAAACACCCGAACAGUGCAAACAGACAUGUUCACAAAAGGGCAAGAUAAAACUGAAUCUCGAAUUACUGCUACCCUUACCCCUAUUUCUCGUGCUGCUAAAGUACCCACCGAUUUUACUACUGCUUCAGAAACAAAAGAGACAACUGCAACAACAGCAGAAAUGUUGACGACUUCACAACACAAAACUACAGUUGAAACAUUAACUACAAGUGUUGUCGCUGAAGAUCAGACAGUGAUUACUCCAUCAAAACCGGAUGAGUCCUCAGACAUCUUGACUAAACACGAAGAUAAAACUACAGCUGAAACAUUCCCCACAAGUGUUCCCACUGAGGCUGAGACGACAGCAUUUAUAACUAAACCUGUAGACAUUGCUACCAGUGGUUCCUUUGAAACUGGAGAUAUCACUAACAUAACAUUAAUCUCUGAGCCUCCUGAAUCAUCAAUAACACAGGAAAACACUAAAGAACCAAGUGGUUUCACAACACACGAAACGGUGAUUACUCCAUCAGAAACCGAAGGGACAUCUGGAACAAUGUCAGACAUAAUAACUCAACCUAAAGAAAAAACUACAAGAGACACGUUUCCAACAAGUGGUGAAUCUCAAAACAAAGUUAUUACUACUCUAACAUCAAUCACCGAGCCUGCUAAAUCAUCAACUAGACAGGAAAACACAACACUAAUUUACGAAACUACCGUGUUUACACCAACAGAAACAGAAGAGGCAUCUGGAGCAAUGUCAGACAUGUUGACUACACCUGAAAACAAAUCUGUCGGACACACAUUUCCCACAACUGUUGCCACUGAAGCUAAGACAGAAGAGUUUAUAACUACACCCGUAGACGAAUUAACGCAAACACCUGAAAUCGAGACCAGUGGUGGAUCUCAAACUGGAGUUAUCUCUACUCUAACAUCAAUCAGUGAGCCUACUGAAUCAUCAACAAGACAGGAACCCACAACACUAAUUCAUGAAACUACCGACCUUACAACAUCGCAAACUGAAGAGGCAUCUGGAACAACUUCAGAUAUGUUGACUACACCUGAAGACAAAUCUGUACAACAAACGUUUCCCACAAGUGUUACCACUGAGGCUAAGACAGAAGAGUUUAUAACUACACUACUAGACGAAUUAACGCAAACACCAGAAAUCGAGACCAGUGGUGGAUCUCAAACUGGAGUUAUCUCUACUCUAACAUCAAUCACUGAUCCUGCUGAAUCAUCAACAAGACAGGAAUCCACAACAAUUAUUGGUAAAACUACAUACUUCACACCAUCAGAAACUGAAGAGGCAUUUGGAACAAUGACAGACAUGAUGACUACACCUGAAGACAAAUCUGUUGGACAAACAUUUCCCACAGGUGGUGCCACUGAAGUAGAGAACUUAAUGCACACAGCAGAAAUAGAGACCAGUGGUGGAUCUCAAACUGGAGUUAUAACUACUCUAGGGUCAAUCACUAAGCCUGCUGAAUCAUCAACAAGACAGGAAACAACAACUCUAAUAGAUGAAACUACCGACCUUACACCAUCAGAAACAGAACAGGCAUCUGGAUCUACUUCAGAUAAGAUAACUAUACCUGAAGACAAAACUGUAGUUCAAACAUUUCACACAAGUUUUACCACUGAAGCUAAGACAGCAGAGUUUAUAACUACACCGGUUGAAGAAUUAACACACACACCAGAAAUCGAGACCAGUGGUGGAUCUGAAACAGCAGUCACCACUACUCUAGCAUCAAUCACUGAGCCUGCUGAAUCAUCAACAAGACAGGAAACACCAACACUAUUUCAUGAAACUACCGAUCUUACUCCAUCAGAAAUUGAACAGCCAUCUGGAACAAUAUCACACAUGUUGACUACACCUGAAGACAAAACUGUAGGUCAUACAUUUUCAGCAAGUGUUGCCACUGAAGCUAAGACAGCAGCGAUCAUUACUGAAAUAGUAGAAGAAUUAAAACACACACCAGAAAUCGAGACCAGUGGAGAAUCUGAAACUGGAGUUAUCUCUACUCUAAUAUCAAUCAAUGAGCCUGUUGAAUCAUCAACAAGACAGGAAACAACAACACUGAUUCAAGAAACUACGGACUUUACCCCAUUAGAAAUUAAAGAGGCAUCUGGAACAAUGUCAGACAUGUUGACUACACCUGAAGACAAAUCUAUAGGACAAACAUUUCCUACAAGUGUGGCCACUGAGGCUAAGACAGCAGACUUUAUAACUGCACCAGUAGAAGAAUUAACGCACACACCCGAAAUCGAGACCAGUGGUGAAUCUCAAACAGCAGUUAUCACUACUCUAGCGUCAAUCACUGAGCCUGCUGAAUCAUCAACAGGACAGGAAACCAGAAAACUAAUUAAUGAAACCACGGAGUUUACACCAUUAGAAAUUGAAGAGGCAUCUGGAACAACUUCAGAUAUUUUCACUACACGUGACGACAAAACUGUAGGUCAAACAUUUCCCUCAAGUCUUGCCCCUGAAGCUUACACAGCAGAGUUUAUAACUACACCAGUAGAAGAAUUAACGCACACACCCGAAAUCGAGACCAGUGUCUACCAAAAAUCACCAAAGGAAAAGACACUAACUCUCGGUGCAGGUAUGGCCCCUCGGCACCCGGACUAUCAAGGGAAUUCUUUGAGAUGGUGA